UGCUGAAUGAUGACCUAUGUGCGCGCGUGUGUGUGCUGUCGGUGCGGAGAGGCUUAGGGCGAGGGACGGCGGGAGCGGCGGCUCUCCAAUCGUAGGUCGCUCUCGGAGGAGUCCGUGCUUGCUCCACGUUCUUCAGGGGUUCUCCCGCUCCUCCCUCUGACCAUGGCCAACGCUGAGCGUACGUUCAUUGCUGUCAAACCCGAUGGGGUCCAGCGGGGGCUUGUAGGAGAGAUCAUCAAGCGUUUUGAACAGAAGGGAUUCCGCCUUGUUGGUUUGAAAUUUAUGCAGGCUUCGGAAGACCUUCUCAAGGAGCACUACAUUGACCUGAAGGACCGCCCAUUCUUUACCGGCCUUGUGAAAUACAUGCAUUCAGGGCCAGUGGUUGCCAUGGUCUGGGAGGGGCUGAAUGUUGUAAAGACAGGCCGAGUGAUGCUUGGGGAGACCAACCCUGCGGAUUCGAAGCCUGGGACCAUUCGUGGAGACUUUUGCAUCCAAGUCGGCAGGAACAUCAUUCAUGGCAGUGAUUCUGUGGAGAGUGCAGAGAAGGAGAUCAGCUUAUGGUUUCGGCCUGAGGAACUCGUGGAUUACAAGAGCUGUGCACAGGACUGGAUCUAUGAGUGACUGGAGGGCAGGCCAUCGUGCUCUUCCCAUCUACUCCUCCCGUUCCCAUGGCAGGGGGCCAGAUUGUAGCAAAUCUAGUUAUUUCUGGAACUUCCUUAUAACUUAGAAGGAAAUUCUGGAGCUACGAGUGCUCCCUGUACAGUGUUACGUGCUCCCAUUAGAUUAAAAUACUCCAUCCUGGUGUAGGGUUAGGUGACUUGGUUAGUUGGUAUUUCUGUAUUGCUUUGCAGUCUUUAUUUCCUCCUCUUCCUUCCAUGGAGCCUGAGGUAACAAUGUAAAUUGCUUGGCCUCACAUACA